GUCAAAGUCCUUGGUUCCUUUGUUUUGAUGUGUCACCAAAAACUGCAGUAAAUCCAUAAGGUUACAACGAGUAAACUAUUUGGUAUUUAUGUUAUACAAAUAUUUCCUUGUAGGAGUCUCUGUGCCCAAGUCCAUGGAUAAUCGUGAUUGCUCUUCUCUGCAGGGUUAAUAUUCUGUUCAUAUGUAGACCUGUGUCAGCAGCAGAGCCCCAUAUUUCUAUCCGAUAAUUAAUCAGUACAGAAAUUACCACUUAGUAAAUUAUUUACGUUAUGUGAUCGGAGAUUUCUGGUAGGUCUAAUACACAGCGAAUUUAUUUUCGUACCUGUUUUUGUCGCACUUAUUGGCAUUUUUGUUAACCAGUUUGUAAUCAGCAUCUGUCAGGUUCUACUGAAUAUUCGUAGGAACUGUAAAAUAGAUCCACUCUCCUGAGUGUUCGUCCAACCACCGCCUUCUUGAGCUCCGAUUCUUUGUAACAUUGUUACCGACAACAAAAAUCUUUGUUAACUGAAGACGCAUAGCACUUUGUAGACGAAAAAUGUGUGACUGUGGUUUGCUAAGUUCCUAUGUAUAGCUGAGGCUAUAGCACUUCGAACUUACAAAGAGAUACCAUUUAUUAAUUAUACUUAAAGCAGCUCUACGUCACUUUGAAUUACUACAACUUAUAUGCUACACAGAAGCCUAGGGCGAUUUGUGAGUUUUUUAAGACAGUAUCUUCAUGAAGGUUGUAUAACAACGGAACGGCGAUAUCACCGUUUUCUUCGGACUUUGACAAUGUGGAUCGAAAUAUGACUGACGAAGGCUGUGGGUAGUUUGUUUUGGAUUUGGUUUGAAAUGCGCGUGCGGCAAAGUGCGUGCUAGAGUAUACGAAAUAAAGGAGUGUAAAGCACAGUGACGCAGCUUUGCAUCGUAAAUGCGUUGUACGUGAAUUCAGUCACCUUUUCUGACUACUCGAUAGCGUUUGAAUAUGAAAGCUGUAAGAAUUCAUAAAUUUGGAAGUAAAGAUGCGCUUAAGCUGGAGACAGUGCCCAUACCAGAAGUUGGCGAAUCGGAAGUUCUCGUGCGUGUUAAUGCUGCUGGUAUUAACCCUGUCGACACUUACAUCAGGGAAGGAUCAUUUGCUGUUCUGCCGACACUUCCGGCUAUACUGGGCAAAGAGGCAGCAGGCGUUGUUGAGAAAGUAGGAGAUGGAGUCCAAGGUUUAAAGGAAGGGGAUAGAGUAUUCACAUGCUUGCCAGAUAAUGGAGGCUAUGCAGAAUAUGUUACAUGCAAGAAAAACUAUGUCUUCCCGCUCUCAGAAAGGCUGUCAUUUAGUCAAGGUGCAGGGCUAUAUGUGCCAUACUUUACAGCAUAUAGAGCUUUGGUGACUAAGUGUCGCAUUAAACCGGGAGAAGUCCUUCUAAUUCAUGGUGCAAGUGGUGCAGUUGGAAUUGCAGCAUUACAGUUGGCCAAAGCAUGUGGAGUUUCUGUCGUUGGCACGGCUGGAACAUUGGAAGGCAUGGAACUAGUAAAGAGUCUGGGAGCAGACUUCGUGUUUAAUCAUAAAGAAAAGGGUUAUCUCAACAAUGCCGUAGCCGCAAUAGGAGGGCAAGGUUUCAAUGUUGUUUUGGAAAAUCUUGCUAAUAUUAACCUUGGUGCUGACCUCACAGUUCUGAAUCAACAAGCAAGAGUUGCUGUUGUAGGUUCUCGUGGAUCAGUUGAAGUGAAUCCUCGUUCACUCAUGCUGACUGAAAGUACCAUCAUAGGUGUUAAGCUGAUGGGAAAUACAGAGGAAGAACAUUUGGAGGCUGCUGGUGUGAUUCUGAAAGGAAUUGAAGAUGGAUGGGUUAAACCUAUAAUUGCCAAAGAAUAUGCACUUGAGGAAGCUUCCCAAGCUCAUCAUGACAUUAUUCAUAAUAAGGGUGCUAGAGGGAAACUUGUUUUCAAGGUGUGAAUUUUGUAAAAUGGUAAUUUACUUUAUGGUACCCUAAAGGUAUUAAAUGCAAACAGUUUGCUCAGCAUUAAUCCUACCAAUUUGAACUCUUAUGUUCCUGCAUAUGGCUUUUAUAGAGAAUGAGUUCAGUUUAGGGCAGUAUUGAAUACAUUAUGUAAUACAUUUUAGUUUCUAAAGCAUCAGGUUAUUUUGGAUUACAACGUUGGAGAUACUUACAGAUAUUAAUUUACAACACAUUUGACGUAAAUUAGUAUUUGUAAUGCCUCUAUUGAAACCAGUCUAUACUGUUGCUGUUGGAGAAGUACUGAACAUUGCUUCAGUGGCAAAAUUAGGGACUGGAUCAUUGUUGAAAUAAUUGUAUGGUCCUUAAGUAUUGAAGGAAGACUUUAAGAUUACAGAAUUAAUUUUUCAUUCUUAAAUCAAAAAUGCAUCAGUAAUUUUUUUUUUUUUUUUUUUUUUUGGGGGGGGGGGGGGGGGUACUGUAAAGUAAAUGUGUAUCAUAGUAACUUAUUGUUUGAUUUAUAUGACUUCUGUGCCUCUUGUAUGUUUUUUCUUAUAGAUAUGCUUUGUAAAAGAUCAACUUAUUAUUAUACAUUUGGACAAAGCAUUUUAUGUUAUUCUGGCAAAAGUCAGUUGUCAGUUUGGAACAUAUUUUUUUAUUGUGAUAUAUUAAUUGAAGAUAAAGAAAGAAAAUAUUAAACAUUUUCAAUUACACAGUGAUAAACAAGCUACUGCAUGCACUGCAUAUCAUGGAUUACAUGAAUGCUGUGAUACAUCACUGCACAUAUGAUCCUGCACAAUUAAUCAUUGGAACAUUUUUAAUUAUUUGUGUGUUCAGAAUGAAGGACAAGUGUGGUUACUUCAUAUUAAUAAUCUUUAUCCAGGCCUAUAUGUUGAGGAGUGUAAAAUGGAAACAUUUGUGAUGUAAUACGGAGUUCCCAAUGCAACUCAGUUUUCAUUCAGAUUUUCAGGAUCUCGUAUACAUUAGUGACAAAAUUCUUUGUCAUAAGUGAGCAGACAUUUGAGAAAGUUCGUGGAAAAACUGGUAUAUUUAACCAGUAUGUUUGCACUAAAGCACCAUCAUGUGAUGGAAUGCCUGUGGACUCAUUUUAUUAAAUAGGCUGGGAAGUGUCUAAUUGUUUGAUGUACAUUAAACAGAAAUAAAUAUUUAAGUAUUUUUUACACCACAGUAUUGCUUAACCUUUAUUGUGAUCUGUGAGCUUUAAAAAUGUCAGAAUUGUGACUAAUAGAAUGGCAAUUGUUUGCAGUGCUCAGAAGUUCUUGUUUAAACAUAUUUUGUUAGUUGCCUGCGCAUUUAUGCUUGGCAUUUGGUCAAGACAGCUGCUAUGUAUUGUAAUGUUUUAUUACUGUUAAUAAAUACAUUCCUUAAAUAA